CCUUCUCGAUUCUUUUCUCAUCUCUAUCUCUUGAUUAUUUGUGGAUUGUUGACUGGGUUAUAUCAUUUGGUAUCAGAGCUUCGAUCCUCCGACCUGUGGCUAUGGCGAGUAACACUAGAUCUCAAGAACAAGCGAAAUUCGAAGCUAAGAUCAGGGGAUUGAUCUCAAACACCUGAAGGGAUCUUCUCGAAUUGCAGCGACGUACUAAGGAGCAAUUCAAGAAGAAUGACGAGCAGUUUGUGGCUAUAUGGAAAGAAAGCAAAGAGCAAUUUGAGUCUUUAUCCAAGACGAUGUUGCAAGUUAUGGGUCGAGUGGGGGUCUCCCAUGGCGAUAGUGGCACUCCAAUGACAUCAGCGAUGGGGAUAAAUAAUGGGAUCCUAAGAGGAAGUGGCGACAAUACCAAGGUAAGAAAUCUUGGCCCUAAUCUUGGUUGCAGUCAAGGUAAUAACCCUCGUGACUCUAUGAUUCGAUUUGGGAAGGUUGAUUUCCCUGUUUUUGAUGGCACUGAUAGUGGGGAGGCUUUGCAAUGGUUGCAAGCCUACAUGAAAGGGAAAAUCGAGUGGCCUUCUUGGGAGGAAUUUUGCACGACUGUUUGUGUUAGAUUUGGGGUAGCCUCUAAGAUGAAACUUGUGGCAGAAUGGAGGAAUGUAAUACAGAUGGGUACAGUCUUGGAGUAUCAACGGGCAUUUGAGAAAAUAAGGGCUAGGGUUUCUUGCUCCGAAGAGUUUGUUGUUGAGAUGUUCAUUGGGGGUUUGAAGGGGGAAAUCAGGCAUGUUGUGAAUUGUUCCGAUCCUAAGACCUUAAUUGAAGCCUACUUCAUUCCCCAAUUGCAUUAGGCCAAUUAUGAAGCUAAUUUCAAUUCUAUGAUGAAGCAGUUUGAACUUACUAGUUGGUCUCAAUCUAUGAGUAUAACACUUGCUCCUUCUUCAAAUAUAGCUUCUGUUUCUUCUCUCAUCCCACCUUUCACUCAAAGGAACAGUGCCCUCUUAUCAUCUGUCAUCCACAGCCUCCUAAGAAUAAGAAUCUUAGAACACUAUCUGAAAAGGAGCUGGAAGAAAAGAAAGUCAAAGGCUUAUGCUUCUGGUGUGAUGAGAAGUUUGUACCAGGCCAUAGGCGCCAUUAGAAAAAGCUAUUUAAUAUUGAGGUAGUGUCCUUUGAGGAGGAAGAUGUGGAUACAACAGAGAGAAGGGGUAGCUUAACUGGUGAAUUGGACAGGGGUUGAUAUUUAGCUACAUUUUUCCUUCUUUCCACCCUUGAGGACAAAUGCUAUUUAGGGGAGGGGAUUGUUACAGGAUUGGAAAUAAGACAGCUGAUGUGGCAGGGGGUGUGCUUAGGUGGACGGUUGUUAAUGAUUUAUGUAGAUGAUGAUGCAUGAGAUAUGAUGUAUGUACAAAGAGUUGCUAUAAAGCUCAUUCUUGUAACAGAAUUGGUUAUCUAAAGUGAAUACAGUUUUUCUAUCUUCAGUUUCUCUCUUCUCUUCUCAUCCCUUCUAAGACUCUGUUUCUCAUCUCACCUCCCUUCUUGAUUCUUUUCUCAGUUCUAUCUCUUGAUUCUUUGUGAAUUGUUGACUAGGUUAUAUCAGCAGGAUUAGAUUUACCCAUAAAUUAAAAAAAAAAUAGAGAUAAAUUUAUUUAUGAAGUUUUUAAUCUGAAUAAAUUAUCUUAAAUUUA